UAGGUCCUACCAGCCCCAUUUCCUUUCCACCUUCCUCUGUUUCCUCCCACCUCUCCUUUAUAUCACCUCUCAUGCCAUUCCAUUCCCUCUAUCAUCCGUUGACACCGAUCCAUCUCAAAACAAACAUUUAAACACUACUUCUAAGAUCUAAGAAUGGGUGUUAAAGCCCAUAUGGGCAAGAAAAUGAAGCUCCCAUUUCUCUCCAAGAACAAAGAAACAGGGCAUCCUUGGCAAUGGCACUCAUGCAAGCACCCCAAGACCCUUUCUUUCCGAGCCGGCGACAACAUGUUCAAGACCGUUAACUCCGUCUUCUUCGACCCGGAAAUGCCGGAGUCGUCUUGGUUCACGAACUCAUCAGAGUCUCCAAGCUUCUCAACCGAGUCAGAGGAGUCAGCAGGGGAGUCAUUGGAGGUGAUAAUUCGCGGGGUGCAGUCAGACAGGCUGUUUUUCGAGCCCGGUGGCACGAGCUCGAUCUUGGAGGAGGCUAAGGCUAGUGGGUUCCCGUUCAAAGAGAGUGUGGUAAUGGCAAUGGAGUCUGAUGACCCUUAUGUGGAUUUCAGGAGGUCAAUGGAGGAGAUGGUGGAGAGUCAUGGGUUGAAAGAUUGGGAGUGUCUGGAAGAGUUGUUGGGGUGGUAUUUGAGGGUGAAUGGGAAGAUGAAUCAUGGGUUUAUUGUUGGUGCAUUCAUUGAUUUGCUUGUUGGGUUGGAUUCAUCUCAUUGUUCUGAUUCCACUUCUUAUUCCUCUGCUGCUGCUUCUUUUUCUUCUUCUCCUUCUCCUCCUCUGUCUCCCAAUUUGGCACAAAAGGAGAUUGAGGAAGAACACUAAUGUCUUAGCUUUCAAUGCCUUGUCUUUAGUUUAUGUAUAUAUGUUAUUAGGAUAUUCAAAGAAAAAAAAAAGAGAAUUAGAACUGAGAAAUCAAUGCCCACUUUACUAUUUCUUUCUUCUA